AACAAAACAGGCAGAAAAGGAUUGAAUUUGCUAAAAGAUAUCUUGCAAGUGACUUUAAAUUUUGGAAAACAGUUCUGUUUACUGACAAAAAAUGAACGAGAAAAAUGAUAAUGAAGAGGAUGAGUUAUUUUAUUUCGAAUCCGACCAUUUAGCUUUAAAAGGAAACGCCGAUUAUAGCGAACUCUUAAAGAUUAUGUUCGUUUUGGAAGCACAAAGAAAACGAGCCAUCGAUGAUUAUAAAAAAGUUGUUGAUUUACAAAAAGAAUAUGAAUCAAAUCCUGUUGAGAUGAUUGAAAAAAUGCAAAGAGGUGAAAAUUUGGAUAUUCCCGAUAUGCAAGUUAUUAUUGAUGUUCCUAAAAUUAAUUGGGAAAAAUUUGAUGUUAAAGUACCUGAAAAUCUCUUGGCAAUCAUUAAUAGUAUUGAUGGGAAAGAUGGAGGUGUUAAAGCUGAGGAUUUAAAUCAUCAAAAACCAACAAAUACACAUAGCAAACCUUGGACAGUUGAAGAACAAAAACGUUUAGAAGAACUUUUAAUAACUUAUCCUCCCGAAGACAUAGAAUUAAGACGGUACAAAAAAAUAGCAGCCGCUUUAGGUACACGAACUGUUCAACAAGUUUGUAGCAGGAUUCAAAAAUAUUUUUUGAAGUUAAAAAAAGCUGGUUUACCAAUUCCAGGAAGAAUACCUAAAUUAGUAUUAAGAAAGUCCCCUAAAAUUCCACAUGGGAAUUGCAACAUAAAACCGUCCACUUUCUUCCCAGAACUAAACAUUCCAGUUACAAUGAACGAAUUAGAGGAAGUACCAGGAGCUAGUCAAAGUUCUUAUUCAAACGAACAAAUUCCCCAUAUUAACUCAUCAAAUUAUUUAUUAAGCACCGGGUAUCAACAAGAAAAACUCAUCGAAAACGUCAGAGAUGAAAACGAAAUUCAAUUAAAAAUAUUGAAACUCAUUAAAGAAGAGAAAAGGUGUGAAGAUGAUGAAGAUGCGUGUUUAUUUCAACAUGUUGGAUAUAAAUGUGAUUAUUGUGAAGAAGAACCAAUUUCGGGAAGUCGGUGGCAUUGUACAACGUGUCAAACAUCUUCAGUGGAUUAUUGCACUGAUUGUAUGUUAACUCAAAUGUAUUCAGCAACAAAACAUCCUUUAUCUCAUAAGUUUUCGAUUGUGCGCGAUGGUGAACAUAAUAUAAGUAUAGAAUAUGAUAAAAAUGAGAUUACAAGUGAGUUUGACGAUAAUGAUAAAAUGUCGGGAUUGAGUAGUGAUAUAGAUAGUGAUGAAUUGGACGAAUUUAUGAAGGAUAAACCCCCGGAAAAAAGAUCGAACGGUUUAUUUAUAGAUAAUGAUGUAGGAUAGGUGCAUUCUGGUCAUAACGUUAA